UAUUGACACAAAGCGAGUAACAACUGAAUGACAGUUUGUGGUUCGUUAUCUGUGGUAAGGUUGUUGAAUAUGGCGGAAAAACAAAGUACAAAAGUUUCGGCAGAUAAUGGGCAAUGAAUUCUCUAGCUUAAAUUGACUUAAUCCGUGUGUUAAUCGUUACUGACGCGUGUUUACGUUUCUCAUGUGAUGUGCUACUCAGCAGAAGAGGAGGACUUCUUCAAUGCCGAUAAUAUAAGACAGUAUUGUUAAUUUGGUUUGCUAGUUUCCAAACUGUGUGCCUUAUAAUGAGUAUGAAGAGGAUUCGCCGCAGGCUUUCUCAGACGUUCCGUUUCAGCAUUGAAGGAUCAUUAUCUGAGUUAGCUGAACAGUUGACUAUUGAUAAUAAUGAAGAAAUUAAGAAGAAUGGUGUUGUUUCUGGAUUUUCGGAAUUCAACAGGAAGCUGUCACUGUCACAUUCUCGAAUUCUGGAACCAACGCAGCAUGGAGGUGUAGUGUAUGAGAAUCGACGGUUUGGAUCUGAUGGAGAAUCAGAAGAGGCAUCAGGAACUUCAGAUGAAGUAAUGUCUCCAGCUCCUGUGAAACUUCGUCCAAAAUGUCGGAGACUGAGUGAGCAAGACAUUAACAAGCGACUGUCAUUACCUGCUGAUCUUCAUCUUCCGGAAUCUUUUAUUGCAAAGCAAAAUGUGAGUCCUACAAUUGAGGGUCCACUCACACGUGCUACGAGAAGGCAAUCGCUUUCAGAGAUUGGAUUUGGGCGUAUUGAAACGUAUACAAAGUUAGAUAAACUUGGGCAGGGCACAUAUGCAACUGUUUUCAAAGGAAAAUCACGGCUGACUGAUAACCUUGUUGCCUUAAAAGAAAUUCGCCUUGAACAUGAAGAAGGCGCUCCAUGCACAGCAAUAAGAGAGGUUUCUUUACUUAGGGAGCUCAGACAUGCCAACAUAGUGACAUUACAUGACAUAGUUCAUACUGAGAAGUCUCUCACCUUAGUGUUUGAGUAUUUAGAAAAGGAUUUGAAGCAAUACAUGGAUGAGUGCUGCAACAUUCUCAGCAUGAACAAUGUAAAGAUAUUCCUUUUCCAGCUUCUUCGUGGUCUUGCGUACUGUCACCGAAGGCGAAUACUACAUAGAGAUCUUAAGCCACAAAAUCUCUUAAUAAAUGAAAGGGGUGAACUAAAGCUGGCUGAUUUUGGUUUGGCUAGAGCAAAGUCUGUUCCUACAAAAACAUACUCAAAUGAAGUCGUAACACUUUGGUACCGCCCACCAGAUGUGCUUCUCGGUUCUACAGAGUAUUCAACUCAGAUUGAUAUGUGGGGUGUUGGGUGCAUCUUUUAUGAGAUGGCAAGUGGCAGACCACUUUUUCCAGGAUCUACAGUUGAUGAGGAGCUAAGACUUAUUUUCCGGGUGCUGGGUUCACCCCCAGAGGAUGCCUGGGGUGGUGCUGCUGCAUCAUAUGCACAUCCUUACAAUCCUCCUACACCACUGAAUUCUUGGGCUCCUCGUUUAGAUGUUGAUGCCACUGAUUUACUCACAAAGUUCCUCAAUUACGAAGCCAAAAAACGCAUAUCUGCAGCAGACGCAAUGAAACAUCCUUACUUCCAUUCACUGGGAUCAGCAGUUCAUAAACUACCUGAUGUUGCUUCUAUCUUUACGAUUCCUGGAAUACAAAUUACUAGAGAUCCUGGAUCUCAUUUCCCAAAGUCAACAACAAGUGGGAGAAAUCGCCGGCAGAGUAUGUUGUUAUGAGACCCUGCUCAAUGUAGAAGAAUACAUUGUAAAUAGUUUUAUUAUUGACUGUGCAUUCAGACAGGACGACUACUGAAAAUAGUAAAUACGUUAUUUUUUGAUGAUCAUAUUACCUGUGCCUGUUAGAAGUGUGUGGAAAUGUUUACUUUUUACCGUAUUUCAAUAUUCUCAGAAAAAGGUGCAAGAUUGAUGCAGUCUUCUCUCUGAAGUUGAUAAUUCAUUGGAAGAACAGAAUUACUCGAGUGUGAGAAAUUAUUAUUGUUUUAUUGAAAGUGUAUAUAUCUAUAUAUGGAUCAGACACACAAUGUGAAUGAAGGUCAUUUCAAAGCAGAAUGUUAUUUUGGCAAACUAUUUAAGUAGCUGCCAUUUUUCCAAAUAAUGAUUGAAAGUUUUUCUUGGUAGUAAAUGAGUAGUACUUUUAGUACAUGGUUGAUUAUUUGUUGUGCUUAUAAACAAAGCUGACUACAUGUCCGCAAUUGUUUCUGAAGAACCUGACUACCCAUGCUGGUCAUGGAAUGGUGAGCAAGGCCCAUGUAUACACAUCACACUGUGUGCAGACUACAACUGCUUAAUUGUGAAAAUUGUCUGUUAGUGGUGAAAAUGCCAAAAAAAUCAACACACUUUUGUCAUGCAAGAGAAUUUUUAUACUAUUUCAGUCGUUACAAAAUGUGUCUAGCUGCUGCUGAAAACUCUAUGAAGUAUGACAGAUCUGUGCCACCUCAUUAAAUAUGUUAUCUCGCCAUACUGGUCAUAAAAUGUAGAGGCCCACAUCAUCACAUCAGUUUUAUGGAAAGAAUUCCUUGAUGUUCAGAUAAUUCAAGUUUGUGUGUGAUUCCCAUUUCAUGCCAUCCUUAAGGUGUAGGACAAAAGACACUGGCUUUAAAUUUUUGCAUGAGCAAAUUUUAUUUUUAUGUUCCUCAUUAUUAAUAUUCAUUCAUUUUAAUCUUCUUUACACCCUCUUUAGAUAAGUGAUAAGUUUCAGAAGUUCUGCAUAUUCCUGAUGUUUCGCCAGUACCAAUAACUAUGUAUGCUUUACUACUUCAUACUUACCAGAUGUGGCAGGAAAGGGAACAGCUUACCUAAAACUGUGUGACAUUAGAAAUUAUGACAUGUUCACUAUAAGUGCAAAUUGUAUGGGUAUUGAAUGUGGUGCAUCUCCAGUUUAUUUAAAGCAUUGGUGUAAAUCUACAACGCAGAUGCCAAAAAAGAUUAUUUCAAGUGCAAUAAAGAUUAUUGUCAUCUCACUGUAUAUAUCUAUUAAUGAUGAUGAUGGCAGCAGUUUUGACUCUUUCGUACUAUUUCCCUAACUAAUGAAUUUUUGUUUACAGACUCUUCUGAACCUGAUAGAUGACAUUCUGUGUGACCAGUGAAUGGGUAGGGAUUUGUAAUUUAUCAGAUCCUUACAUUACGAAUGGAGUGGUGUUUAUUUCGUUUUUAAAAAAGAAAAAAGCUUCUGUGUUGAUUUCUUAAAAUUUCUUGGUCUUCAAAAUGCUUUAAAUGAAAAGCUUUUGCCUCAGGAAAUGAGAAGUUACAUCUUAUGAUACAUGACAAACUGAUUUUUUAAUCCUCUUCUAACACCUUUCAUUAUUAUUGUUCUUCAAGUAUCCAUCAACCAGUUAAAAUGUGCCUUGUUGGUUAUGGAUCUCCCUUUUUCCUCAAGACAGAAAUGUCAAUAUUAAAAUUUUAGUCACAUUUCUGGAAACAGAUAGCUUGAUAUAAACUUGUGCUCAUGUGUACUUCAUAGAUCAACCCCGUGUGUGUGUGUGUGUGUGUGUGUGUGUGUGUGUGUGUGUGUGUGUUGUUGAUCAAAAAGGGGGAUUUACCAUUUCUCCCAAUAAGAAGCCUUUUCUUUUAUUCUGGUUGAAACAAACUGGCUACAAUCAUUCUAAUUUGUGAUGACUGCCAGAUUUUAUACACUGCAAAUCUCUUACUUUCCAUUUUAGAUACUACUGUCUGCUGUGUGCCCAGUUUGUCUUAUGUACACCACAAUUACAAAGAAUUGUUGACAUUGCAAUGUUGUUUAGAAGAUUUCAUCUAUAUUUGAAUUGGCCAUUAAUUCUAGCCAUUGCAUUGAAAAAAAAUCUAGAAAUAAUUUUCCAAAAUCACUUCCAGUUUUCCAUUGGUGUUAAUAUGAUCUUGCAAAAAUGUGUUUGCAGUCAUAUGAGGAAAAUUGUUUUUAUGAAUGCUGAACACUUCACAAUGUGUGGAUAUAUCAACAGUGCUAUUAUAGUUGAUUUAUUUCACUAUAGUUUUUUGUCAUCAUUUAAAAAAUUCUGUAUGCAGAAGAUUUCUUUUCAGCUGCUUGCAGCUCCUCUUUCUGCAACGUUUGCUGGAAAAAGAAAGUUAUCAUUUCAGAAAUGUUAACAUUGUGAAAUUGUUUUAUAGAUGAAUUUAUCCACAAAACACUUCCACUGGUAACAACAGCGAUUAUCAUAUCUCUUUAUGUUGAAAGAAGAGGUUCUUGUGAUUUUGACAUUUAUUUUGUCAAUGACAUAGUAUCAUAAAAUAAUUUCAUAUUCUGACACACAAAAUCUUUUGUUAGGUUUUUAUUUAUUUAUUUAUGUUUAGAUACCUACAAUAUACUGACAGUUUCCUCAAGCAAGAGAAGUUUUCCUCAAGCAAGAGAAGUAAGAUGUUAUCUAAACUAAUUUUGAGUAAAAUACAUCUUUACUUUAAAGUUUUUUAAUUGGGAUUAAUAUUAGUAAUGACUGUGGUAUUAGAUAUUGUGAUCUGUAGCCAGAAAUUUGAACUGCUAUUCUCAUUGCAGAUCACUCCCAAAAUAAAUGAAAUAAUUGUGCCCAUAGUUUGUCAUUUUUAUAUAUACAUAUCUUUCAGGUCCCUAAGUUUGUUAGCGUUGUGUGCCUAUGACCCAUACUUUGUGCACACCAAAGUGUACCUUUUUCUGUUUGAGUUUCAGAACAACAUUUUAGUUAUUUAUGCUGGCUUCUGGACAUUAUCCUUAUAUUUCUAGACAGUAGAUUGUAUGGUUGUUGAAUUUUUGUCACUAAUUGUAGUUUAUGGUGAGCCUAGCUUUGUUGCUGUUUUUGUGCAAAAGCUGUUACAGUCAAAGAUUCACAUUCCAUAUAUUGACACAUGUAGAUCCUACAAAAUGUGUUCAUUAUGUUCCAGAAGGUGAUACCAGCUUAUAUUUAAAUUGUAUAGAUUAGUGAAUUUGGAAAAUAUUUGUUACUUUUGGCAGAAGAUUAAGACAACUUCUUGUUCUGUAAAAUUGCAGAGUGUAUUUGACACUGGUACCUGCUUAGCAUGUUGCAUUUGUAACUGUUUGUAGGCUCCGUCAUCAAUAAUCUCUUUGUUACUAAAAAAAAUAUCCUAAACAGAUUUUCUUUUCUCUAAUGAAGCUGUUGAUAUUAAGUUGAAGAGUAAAGUAAAGCAAAGCAAAGCAAUACGCUCUUACCAUUGUUCUGCCUAGUCAUCAACCAUUUCUUUACUUUUCACUACAAAAGUGUAAUUUUUAUGCCAUAAAUGCCUUGUAUUGCUCCUAAUAUAGGCAACACUUUUCACUAUUCUAAUACAAGAUUUUAAUUAAAGAAAAAUAAGUAACUUUUGUUCCUAAAUGUGAUGGAAAUGGAAAUGUCGUGUGGCUAGGGCCUCCCGUCGGGUAGACCGUUCGCCUGGUGCAGGUCUUUCGAUUUGACGCCACUUCGGCGACCUGUGCGUCGAUGGAGAUGAAAUGAUGAUGAUUAGGACAACACAACACCCAGUCCCUGAGCGGAGAAAAUUUCUGACCCAGCCGGGAAUCGAACCCGGGCCCUUAGGAAUGACAGUCUGUCACGCUGACCACUCAGCUACCGGGGCGGACCUAAAUGUGAUGAAAAUUUCCCUUUCAUGUGUAAUUUCAAAGUGAUUGUAUUUUGUGUUUUCCACAUUCUAAGUAAAUUAUCAAGCUAUCUUUAUUUAUAAAAUAAUUACUUGCUUAUUUCUUAAAUAAACUGUUUCCAAUGUAACAUUCAAUAUACAUUUUAUCUCUCUUUUCUUUAAAAUCUCUCUUAAAAAUCAUUGUUCUUUAUGACUGAAGGGUAAGAGUGUUAUUUCUUUCUGGUUCAUAAGUAAUUGGUUUACUUGGAAGUUUUGCAGUUUAUUAUGAAAUUGCCAAAUAUCGCAGUUGUAAAUGUAUGCUACAUUAUUGACUUUAUAAUCAUAUCAAUAUAUGUGUAAUUAUUUGUUUUGAGACUUUAAGUCCUUAAAGAAUGCCUUCUCUAUGUUUUCCAAUAUCUUAUUUUUCAUACUUAAACCUUAUUAUCUUUAAAAGAUUUUUGCAGACUCAUCUAAUAUUAAAUAUUGUUGGAGUAUAGUGUUAAACAGCAGAUCCUGUUGUAAUGUGAAUUAAUGCCUCCAUUGUACAAGUUUUUCUUGAACAGUUUUAUCUGAAAGAGGGUAUACUUCAUGUUCUGAGCUAUGCAUUAUAGAUGUUUAAGCGGCCACAAAAAUUACAUUCUCAAUUAAUAUCAUCAUUAGAAUUGUAUAGAUCAGUGAGGUACUAUAAUGUAUCCAUAAAUAAUCAAUCACUGUUAUUGUUGUGAAUGAUUUGGAGCUUUGAAUAAUCCCACAUUCAUUUCCUUUGUGUUCAAACUGAUUUUAUAUUGUAAUUAAUCAGUGGAAACCUCACCAUAAUGUCAGAAGUUGUACAAGGACCUUGUCUGUGUGCUAACAACUAAUGUAAAAUAACAUACUUAUGAAAAAUCUGAAUGUACAAAUGUGUGUUAAGAGAUUAAACUACUUCCUGCCAGAGAUACUAACAUCCUUUGAUAAGGAAUUUUGAAAUGUGGAGAAAUCACAUUGAUAGUGUUCACUAUUCUUUUAGUAUGAAUAUGAGCAGAACUUCCCAUCUGGUCACUCACUACAAAUGACAAAAUUUUCUAUUUAUUGUUGGCAUUAAAGCUCCAAUUCAUUCCAUUUGGACAAUGGUAUUAUUCAGCACUUACUUUAAACUAAUUACAAAAGUGGUUUUAGUAGAUGAAAAUCGAUAAGGCGUGAAAGCAUAUGUGAGCUACAAAUUAACACUCUGUGUCUCUUAUACUGCUCUAGAUGAAGAAUCAAGAGUUAUUCAUUGAUCAGACCUUAUCUUUGCUCUUCCUUGUCCAGACAUACUGUAAGAUGUUAGGUUCUUCAAAUAUGUGCUUUAGGUGCACUUUUUGUGAUAAUUGUGAUUAAUAAUUUUGAAUCCAUUUCAGCUGUGAAAAGAAAAAUAUCAUCUUGUAUUUUGAAAAUCAGUAUUUAAUGUGUUAUUUUUUGAGGACAGUCUUUUGUGAGCUUUUAUGUACAGCUCUCACAUAGGAAAGAAGUGAACUCAUUGUUGAAGUUGAGAAAAUUAUUUCUCACUAUUUCCAUUUGCAUUUAUUAUAACUGUCUCAGUUUUCCUAAGUAGUUGAUUUAUUUCACAGCAAUAUUGUUUUAGAAAGUAUUGCUAGACUGUUUGCUAUUUUAUGUUACUGCCAGUUUUGUGUAUUAAGUUGUCCACUGAUAUUGUUGAAAGUGGUUACUGAUUUUCAGUUAGUAUGUAGAAAUGUACACUCCAGUGGAUCCUGGUCAUCGUCAGUGCACAGUGCACAGUCGUGCUUUGAGGGAGGAACUGUAAUAAGUGUACGAGUGUUCACAAUGGAAUUGUGUAGUGAACUCAGUUUGGCUGUGACAUUAAUCCAAAGAAAUAUGUGCUGUGGGCAUUAUGGAACAUGGAAUUAAAAUAAAUGUGUCAGAUAAGUCCGAGUUCAUGUAAAGUUUUACCGUGUGCAUAAGGAGUCCCAUUAAAAUGAGCAAAGUUA